UUACAAAUAGAAAAGUGCGUAGAAAAAAGUGGUCAGAGUAAAAAAUGCAAAGCGUGGACGACGACGUGCAAAAAGAGGAAAAUUUUAUACCUAGAAUUCGAGACGCGCAAAAAAACAGAAAAUCGACUAUUUCCUGGUCGCCGGGACUGAGCUAAGGAAUUGCGCGAUAUUGUGAAAUUUGUGAGUCUCUUUCGGGACUCCCAGUGUUUAAAUUAAUAAUAAAAAUAAAGCAUAAAUUGUAUAAGCGAACUGUCUGGGGUUGAUGGUAGAGCGCUGAGAGGGGUAGGCGAGUCUCGUUCUUGCUCAGUUUCAGCCCAUCCGCUGUCCGCUGGGCAAAUCUCUCGGUCUCGGUCGCUCUUUCAGUUCUGCCCCGAACUUCCGUGACAUCGGUUGUUGUUUUCUCCUUUCUUGUUUUCGCGCGUAAAAUUUGUUCCUUCGUUUCCCACCCUCGCCGCCUGCUACAAUUUGUGGGAAAUUUUGGUACCUAAGCCAUAACAGGAACUGCAACAACAACAACGCCAACCGCGCAAAGCAGCUGCGUAGGAGACGGAUGCGAAAGAACAAAGCGCGGACCGGAACGCAAUCGAAAAACGGAAUGCAAAGCGCAUAAAUGCAGAAACGAUGAUGGAGGCAUUGGAUCAGCAACAAGCCAAGCUUACGUCUAACAUAGAUGCCGGUGAUGCGGGUGGCACGGGUGACAGAGUCGGAGUCGGAGUGGAUGUCGGUACGGGAGCAGCAAGUGGCACUACCAGCGAGGAGGACGAUUACGAGGACACUAAUAAUGCGCUGGGGCUGGCGAAAGAGGAGAGCCCGAUGGAGCACAGCGACAACAACAAUGCGGACGCUGGCGGUGACGAAUGUGGCCUAAAGCGUAAAAAGAGCACCGAUGACGUGAUAGACUUGACCCUGGCAAACGGUCAGGAUAGCAGCCAAAUGGAGGCGGCGGCGGCGGAUGCUGAUGCAGAUGCCGAGUCGGAGACGGCAGAUAGCGAAAAGUCUGCAGACGAAUCGCAAACGGGUGAAAGCGACACUUCAAAGGAAUCUCUUCUGGCCGAAGAUGCAGACAACGCAGACGAAGCGGGUGUUAGUGAGAGCGAUGAUAUUGGGGAGACUCCGAACUGUCCUACGAUUGUUAUUGAAAGCGACGAUGAGCAGCCGACCAGAACAUCAUCCUCUGCUUCGGGCAAUGAUUGUGUCGAGCAAGAGCUGGUGGAAGACCUGCUUCCAUCUGUGGAGGAGGAUUCUGCACAGUCCAGCCCAAGCCCAGUAAAAAACGAGUGCAUAGAAGAUCUGCCAGUGAAGACGAAAGAGGAGCUCAAAAGUGAUACCGAGACUUUGCCCAUAUCUGAGCCAGAAGCAGAUAAUCCUCCCGUGAUGCUCGGGGAGUCUGCUGUUGCAUGUGAUGAUGAUGAUCCAGUGGAUACCUUGGUGACGCCCAAAGACGAAGAGGAAACCCAGCAGGGAUCGCCGGCAGUCAAAGAAGUCAUUGAUGUGAAAUCGGAGAGCGAAGAGGAGGAAGCAGAGGGAUAUCUAUCGGCGAGAGGAGAUCUCGAUAUCGAUACGGAGAGUGAGAGUGAGGAAGAGGAUGUGGAUUCGUCCCUGUCCAUUAAGGAAAACAUUGACAAGACUCCGGCGGCGACUGAGAAAGAGGACGCAGAGCGCUCUUCGUCUAUUAACGAGCUUGAUGUGGAACCAGAUAGUGGGGAGGAUGAAGCAGAGGAGCCUCCAGACGUUAAGGUUGAUUUUGAUAUCGAUAUAGGGAGUGCCGAAGACGAUGUAGAUUUAACUCAGUCCAAAAAGGCGACUCAGAAAGAGGGUGCAGAACGAUCUUCCCCUAUAAAAAAGCUAGAUGUGGAACCGGGGAGUGGAGAGGACGAAGCAGACGAAAAUCUAUCUGUAAAAGGAGAUCUGGAUAUCGAUACGGAGAGUGAGGAAGAUGAAGAGGAUGUUGAUGCAGAUGCUUCCCUGUCCAUUAAGGAAAACUUGAACAAGGGUCCGGAAACCGGGAAAGUGGACGCAGAGGGAUCUCCGUCUAACAAACAACUAGACGAGGAAACUGUUAGUGCCGAGGAGAACGUUUCGUUGGCUGUUAAAAAGGAUCUUGAUGAGGAUACAGAGAGUGCGCAGGAGGCCCCUUCUCUGCCUAUCAAAAAUGAUCUGGAACAGGAUUCGGGCAGUGAACCGGAACAGUCGGAAGUCCUGUCUAUCAAAGGGGAAAAAGCAGGCAAGAGAUCUCCUUCAGUUCAAAAAUGUGUCGAAAUGAAUGCCGAGAAUAACGAUUCGAGGACGAGAGAUUGUCUGGCUUCAGACGACGAAUUCGAUGAAAAGGCAUCCCAUUCCAGCCGCAAAUCGUCUGCAGAGGAAUCGUCUGAUUCAGAGGAUUCUGUAACGCUGACCAUGGACGUGGAUCAUCCAUGUAGCGAGGAUGAGGAUGCGGAUGCAGUUGCGACGCCAGGAGUCAUUAAAAUUGAAUCAGACUCGGAAGAAGAGCCGCAGAUGGAGGAAAACCUCAAAUCAACAGCUCCUGCUGUCACUUCCACGGAAGUGGAUGUUGCGCCGGUAAUCAAAGUGAAUGGAACACACAAUUCCCCCAUUCCCGAGGAUAAAGAGCAGGAGGAGCAGCUGGAGAAACGGGAGCUGGAAGAGCACAACCAAUUUUCUGUGAUAUCAAACCACACUGCGGCGAACGAGGACGGUGAAGAAGAAGGCGCCUCCACGUCACAACAGCCGCCCAUGAAGGCACGACCACUGAUCCUUCCCGUUCGCAGAAGCCGCAGUCGGAGUACCAGCAGAAGCAGCACAAUCAGCUCGGCCUCACAGCCCCAACUGGUCAUCGAUCAUCCGGCCGAGAGUGAACAGAAUAAUGGUAAGGUGCAAGCCCUGAAGCUGUCGUUCAAGCGCAGGCGCAGCAGCAGAACCAGUACCUCCUCCGCCGCCUCCGUCAGCCAGCCCGAUAAACAAAUGAAGCUGGGGAAUAACUCCUCGCUGCUCUUGCAACGUCUCCAGGGCAAUACCAAUACCAAUGCCAAUGCUGAGCCCGCCAGCGAUACCCCUGAGGCGAGCAACCUGUUGUCCUGCAGCAAAUGCAAUCUCCAGAACAUUGAGACUGUUCAGCAGCUAAACGAACACCAGGCGCAAUGCAAAAUGGCCUCGAAGGUGAAGCCCGAACAGAAGAAGGAGCGUUUCUUUCGCUGCGCACAGUGCGGCACCGUGCAUCAGUCCUGGAACUUCUUCAGCCAUGUGCGGAAUGUCCACCAGAAGUACGUUUGCUUGUACUGCAGCCUCAUGUAUGCCACUGCGGAGAAGCUGUCGCUGCAUCUGGAGAACAAGCAUGACAUCGAUCAGAGGCACCUGUCAAUGGAUGAGUGGGCCGCGGAGCAGCAGAAGGAUGAUCGGGGCAGGUAUCUCGUCUGCUGCACAUGCCAGACCACAUUUCCGCAAGGCUCAGGCUUCGAGAAUCACGACUGUUCGGAGCUAAUGGAGCCGUGUGCUCAAUGUGGGGUAAAGGGAUGCCAUGCCAUGGCCUGCAGAAACCAGAAGAAGAAGCCGCACAAACGGAGGAGAGUACGGAAGCAGCCAGAGCAGCAGCAGCAGCAGCAGCAACAGCAACAGCCGCAGGCGGUGCCAUUAACAAUCCCAGUGGAACAGCAGAAAACCCUGCAAACGGAGCCAGCGGAAAACAUUCCAGCGCCAAUGCCCAUUUGGCCGAACAUGACACUCGACCCAGACACUCCGGCACAACCAGCUCUAGUUCCGACACCGUCUCCGGCCAUUCCCAAGCUAGUUGUACCUAAAAUAAUGCUGAGGGUGCCGAAGGAGUUUCAGAAAUCUGUGGACGCUGCUCUAAGCAGCACGGAUACGGAGGAGGAGGAACCGGAUUUGCACACAGCAACUCCCCUGGAACAGGAAACCGAAAUGAAUCCUUCGUCCCCACAAACACCAGAUCCAGCGCCGAUGCCGCCGCCGCCACGCCACAGCCUAGAUGAUUCGGAUUGUGCAAAGAUGAUGAGCCUCAUGCAGGCCGAAGUGGAGCGCACCGAACUGGAAAUACAGCGCAUCAAAGCAGACAGGAAACCCGAUAGGAAGAAGCACUCCAAGGCCAUAGCUCCCGCAGAUGUGUUGGACGACGGAUUACCGCAGCACGCAGCGGAAGUAAAGGAGCAACCCCAGCUCCAGGUGCAGGCACUGGUGCAGCAACCCCAGCAGCAAGAGGAACAACGUCGCUGGUCGCUGACGCCACCCGCUUCGCCACACAACACAACGCAGCCACCGCCCGCAAUUAUCACGGAGUUCCAAGACCAGUCGGAUGCAGCCGAUGCUGAAGCAUCGUCUGGGCGUCGCAAUAGCCUCGGUAGUGAUUGCAUGGACAUUGAUGAUAGCUUGAACGGACCAACGGCUGCCAACGACGGAGAAUUCGGACCCCCAGAGGGCCCAUUGAUGGAACAGAUGGAAGCGGUGGCGCUGCCACAACCACUGCAGCCCGUUCAGUCGCCUCCUCCACCCUUCGAUGGCAUAAUGGUGGCCGGAGAGGACACGCACACGAUCGAUCUGCAGCUGGAUCGACCCCUGGAUCGGUUCUCAAUGGUGGAGUUUGUGCGUCUGUGCCUGAAGGCUGUCUACUCCAUCUGCCUCUACUGCAAUCACGCUCGCCGCAUUGCCGUCAAUGGCAAGCAGCUGGUGCUGCACAUGAUUAGCCAGCACCGCUUUACGGCUACGGUGGACAGCAUCACGGCCGAGGAGCUGUACGCCGAGACGAUUGUGGCAAGGCUGAAGAGCUUUGUGCCCCAGCUGGAGGAGGAGUACCUGAAUCUGGCCAGCUGCUGCACCGUGGAGAACGGCAAGUACGCAGAGGUCUUCAACGAGCGGAUCUAUGAGUGCUUCUCCUGCCGCUACGUGGCCGCCACGCACAAAGAGCUCUACACGCACAACCGCAGGAUGCAUGCCAAGUCGAACAUCACGUGCAUCAUGUGCCGCACCAAUUUCUACAGCUACAGUGAGAUUCUCUGUCACAUCUGUCCGGGUGAGGAGGCCCUCAGCGUAUACGACUUGAAGUUCCGCUGCUGCCUGUGCGAGACGUCGCCGCCGCUGCCCUCCGCCUUCCGUCUGAUGGUGCACCUGCGAAAGCAGCAUAAUGCCUGCGACAUCUGUCUGGAGGAUUGCGUUACCCAGGCGAAGCUCUCGUCCCACGUGUGGAAGCACAAGCUGCUGCAUCUGUGCUACCGGUGCGGCAUCGCCUACCGCAACAAGCAGGACAUUUCCAAGCAUCUGUUCUGGAAGCACGGCACCGAGAGCGCCGGCUGCAAGCGCUGCCUGCAGAAGCGCUGGCCCCAUGUCUACCACUUCUGUGUGCCGCCCGUGACGUUCCCCUGCGAGGAGUGCGGCUUCAACUUCAGCAAGGCCAUCUACCUGGAGGUCCACAAGCGGAUGCAUGCCGGCGACUUUCGCUACGCCUGCGCCGAGGAGCUGUGCGACGAGAAGUUCGUCUCGCGCAAGCUUCUGCUGAAGCAUGCUAGCACGCAUGAGGCGAAGGCGGAUUCCCCAGAAACGCCCACAGAGCAGAAAGAGGAUCAAGCAUCGGAGCAGCCACUGGAAGCAAUCAAGAAGGAAACGGAGGAGGAGGGAGAGGAAGGGGCACAGCACGAGGCCGAAACGAAGGCUUCGCCGUUUCCCGAGAAGGAACCCAAAACGGAAUGCACUAAGGUGGAGGCUGCAGACAAGAAGGAGGCGUCAGAGCAAACUGCUGCCAAAUCGGAGACUCGCAAACGACGCAAAAAGUCAAAGCGCACGAAGGAAUACCUCGAGGAUCUCAACCUGAUAGCCCCAAAUCUCUCUGAGUCGGACAGCAGCGAUAGCAGUGACUCGGAUGCGCCGCCGCCGAAAAGUGGCAGCCAUGGUCAUGAGCCACUGCCUAUGCGAUCCUCUGUGGAAGAUCUGGAUAUGCCCAAGGUGAUGCUGUCGCCCUCCUCCGAGAGCGAUGCAGACGAGCAGCAAUCACAGCCAAGCCAGAAGCGGGAAGAUCCACUCGAGGAGAAGCCCUUGACGGAGUCAAAAAACCAGGAAGAGGAGACGACGAAGUCAGAGGUGGAGGUGGGAGCAGAGGCGGAGGCCAAAAAGGAAGAGGAACCGGAUGAUGUCUCUGAUAUGUGGAAAAAUCUACUCCAAAAUCAGCCGGUGAACUCCAACACCAAUCCGAAUUCCAAUCUUGAGGAGCAGCCACCAAAGGAGGAGGCGGCACCCGCAGAUGUGGAAGUCCCUCAGAUGCCCAGCAAGGUGCAUGUGGCAUGGUCCGAUCACGAUUACUGCAAGCUGCAUCGCACGCCUCCCCCGUCGCCGGCCAAAAAACAUUCCACUCCCAAAUCGUCGCACUCCGGCAAGCGCGCCGCGAAAAACAACGCCUCCAGUGACAGCGACAGUUCCAGCAGCUCCAGCUCCAACUCGGACUCCGAUUCCUCGAGCUGCUCCUGUGGAUCCAACUGCAGUUGCAGCUCCAGCAACAGCAGCAGCUCCAGUGACGACUCUGACGAUUCCGACAGCUCGAAUGACGCGGCAUCGCCGUCGAAGAGGUUGCGCAAGAAAUCCCUGAAGCAGAAGAAGAGCGAGUCGCUCCAGCAGGUGCCGCAGCCAGACCCAGAAGAGGAAGUUAAUGUAACCUCUGUGACCGAGGACCAACUCGUGCCGCCUCCGCCCUCACCAAAAGCUCCGCAGUACAACGAAUCAGAUUUCGAUACCGCAUUCUCCGACACCGACGAGGAAUUCUACGAUGCCCAUCCCCAGAAGCUGGCCAGCGAGUUGCUGGCCCAAAAGCGCGAGGCCCUGCUCGCCGAGCAUCCGCCAGUGGGGCCGCGGAACAACUACGACAUCGUCGAGAACAGUCGUCCCUCCACGCCGUCCCUGCCAGAGGAGGCUGUUGCCUACGCCGACAAGCCGGAACGGGUUCGCAACAAAAAGAAGAAGCGAGAGCGAAAGUCCACAUGUAAAUCGGGAAAGCUACAGCUGCUAACGAGCACACCCCAGCCCAUGUCCGUGUCGAUGGAACCACCCAUCGCCACACAGAUGCUGCCUGCAGAGUCACCGUCGCUGCUCCCAGUGACACCGCUGACGCAUCGCCACCUGCAGUCUGGGGGAUUCCUGGGCAGUAGGAUGAGCGAGGGCAGCAGCUGCUCCGAUGCCGAUGGCCAGCUAAAGCGCUCCAAGCGCCAGAGGCGUCCCAACAAGUUCUAUGGCUACACCAGCGACGACGAGAAUAUGGGCACCAUCCUGGCCCCGCCGCUCCUGGUGGGAAUGCAGCUGAUCAAGCCACAGCCGCCGCCUUUGUUGACUUGGGCCAAGGAGGAUUUGCCGACGCCGCCGAAGCAGCGCAGCAGAAACAACAACAAUAGCAGCAGUGGACAUCACCACCAUCUGCACAGCAAUGGGGGUACGCGAACGCCCCCGACGGGAUCCGGAUCGAGGAAGCGCAACAGGCAGCGGUCUCAGGCCCCAAGCGCAGGCGGAUCGAGUGCAAGUGCUCGCUCUACAAAGCGCCACAAGCCGCACAGGGAAGAAAAGUCAUUGCCGCCGAUACCCACGCUAAAGAUACGGCCCAGCUUCCUGACCUCCAUUUCACCGCCGACGGACAGCAGCGAUAGCAGUUCAGAAGACGAGGAAGUGAACGUGACCAGCCUAGGGCCGCCUACUCCACAGAUUCCUCCAGUUUUUGUAAUACCCCCAGCUCCACCCGUGGUCCUACCGGUCCAGCUGCCACCGCCACCGCCGCCGCCGCCUGCUGCCACCGCAUUCAAUCAGCCAAUUCCACCGGCUCUACUCCCGAAUCCGGACUUUGCCACACUGCAGUACUUCAAGGCGAACAACAUACGCUACCCGAUCAGACCGCCGGCAGGGGCCCGGCUGGCGCGCGAAGGCGAGUCCGUCUACUGCUACUGUCGCUGUCCCUACGAUGAGGUCUCCGAGAUGAUUGCCUGCGACGGCGACAACUGUCUGAUCGAAUGGUUCCACUUUGAGUGCGUGGGCAUUAUGGUGGCGCCACAGGGCAGGUGGUUCUGCGCCGAGUGCAGGCCCAAGUACACCGAAGGCCUCUACCCGGGCGCGACGGCACAGUGACAUCAUCUUCCAGGAGGAGCUUGGCUAGGAUUCCGUGGAUCCUCCUCUUUCACACAGUAGCCACAACAACCACGCGAUCGAAACCCCACUACAGAAUGGAAUACGCUUAUUAAUUGAUAAAAACAAAAAAAAAACUGAGGAUAUCUAAAAGUUCUAUAUACUACAAAUGAAAUCUAAAUAUCGUAAGACAUUAAAUAUAUAUAUGUACAUUUAAAAGGCAAGGCGGUUCGGACACCUGGCUCAAAGUGCACUCUCCCCGGAGAGAGUGUAGAUAGGGAAAACAUCUUAUUAAAGAAAAAUAAACGUAUAUAUUAUAUAUAUAUAUAUAUAUAUCUAUAUAUCAUAUAUAAGGCCAACAAUCGUGUGUAAAUAUCGAGAGAUGCAUAUCCAUUAUGCAAAAUUGUACCAUACUUAGAGAUCCAUUAUAAAUAACUAAACACCUAUGAAUAGCACCUCCCAAACCCUCCCAUGAGCCGCAAUCCCAGCAUAGUUCUUAAUUAAAUCUAUCUAUGUGUACGUUUACAUUUAGUGACUACGAGUAGGUACCCAAAACAAGGAUAAACGGAAACAAGCGGAUGAAUAGUUAAUCAUUCAAUCGAUCUUGAGAAAAAUACACAUACAACUGUGACAAAAAGAAACAAAAAGAAAACAAAUAAGUAAUACUAAA